CGCGCACCCGCGCACGACGGCCGUCAGGUACGCGGACAAGAUGGCGGCGGCAGCGGGCGAGAGCGCGAUGGAGGUGGUGCCGGCGCUGGCGGAGGAGGCCGCGCCCGAGGCGGCGGGCCUCAGCUGCCUGGUGCACCUGCCCGGAGAGGUGCUCGAGUAUAUCCUGUGCAGCGGCUCGCUGACGGCGCUGGACAUCGGCCGCGUGUCCAGCACCUGCCGGCGGCUGCGCGAGGUGUGCCAGAGCAGCGGCAAGGUGUGGAAGGAGCAGUUCCGGGUGAGGUGGCCUUCCCUUAUGAAACACUACAGCCCCACCGACUACGUCAAUUGGCUGGAAGAAUAUAAAGUUCGACAGAAAGCUGGGUUGGAAGCCCGGAAGAUUGUAGCCUCGUUCUCAAAGAGGUUCUUUUCAGAGCAUGUUCCUUGUAAUGGCUUCAGUGACAUUGAAAACCUCGAGGGACCAGAGAUCUUUUUCGAGGAUGAACUGGUGUGCAUUCUAAAUAUGGAAGGCAGAAAAGCUUUGACCUGGAAAUACUAUGCCAAAAAAAUUCUUUAUUAUCUACGGCAACAGAAAAUAUUAAAUAAUCUCAAGGCUUUUCUUCAGCAGCCUGACGACUAUGAGUCCUAUCUUGAAGGUGCCGUCUACAUUGACCAGUACUGCAACCCCCUCUCCGACAUCAGCCUCAGAGACAUCCAGGCCCAGAUUGACAGCAUUGUGGAGCUUGUCUGCAAAACCCUGCGAGGUGUCAACAGCCGCCACCCCAGCUUGUCCUUCAAGGCAGGCGAGUCCCCAAUGAUAAUGGAGAUAGAGCUCCAGAGCCAGGUGCUGGACGCCAUGAACUAUGUCCUUUAUGACCAGCUGAAGUUCAAGGGGAACCGAAUGGACUACUAUAAUGCCCUCAACUUGUAUAUGCAUCAGGUUUUGAUCCGCAGAACAGGCAUUCCAAUCAGCAUGUCUCUGCUUUAUCUGACAAUCGCAAGGCAGCUGGGAGUCCCGCUGGAGCCUGUCAACUUCCCAAGCCACUUCCUACUCAGAUGGUGCCAAGGCGCAGAAGGGACAACCCUGGACAUCUUCGAUUACAUCUAUAUAGACGCCUUUGGGAAGGGCAAGCAGCUGACGGUGAAGGAGUGUGAGUACCUGAUUGGCCAGCACGUGACCGCAGCGCUGUACGGCGUGGUGAACGUGAAGAAAGUCCUGCAGCGCAUGGUCGGGAACCUGCUCAGUCUGGGCAAGCGGGAGGGCAUCGACCAGUCCUACCAGCUGCUCCGGGACUCGUUGGACCUGUACCUAGCCAUGUACCCUGACCAGGUGCAGCUCCUGCUCCUCCAGGCCAGACUCUACUUCCACCUGGGGAUCUGGCCAGAGAAGUCUUUCUGUCUUGUCUUGAAGGUGCUUGACAUCCUGCAGCACAUCCAGACCCUGGACCCCGGGCAGCACGGGGCGGUGGGCUAUCUGGUGCAGCACACACUCGAGCACAUUGAGCGCAAAAAGGAGGAGGUAGGCGUGGAGGUUAAGCUGCGCUCCGAUGAGAAGCACAGGGACGUCUGCUACUCCAUUGGGCUCAUUAUGAAGCAUAAGAGGUAUGGCUACAACUGUGUGAUCUACGGCUGGGACCCUACCUGCAUGAUGGGGCAUGAGUGGAUUCGGAACAUGAACGUGCACAGCCUGCCGCAUGGCCACCACCAACCCUUCUAUAAUGUGCUGGUGGAGGACGGCUCUUGUAGAUACGCAGCCCAAGAAAACCUGGAGUACAACGUGGAGCCUCUGGAGAUCUCGCACCCCGAUGUGGGGCGCUACUUCUCAGAGUUCACCGGCACGCACUACAUCCCCAAUGCAGAGCUGGAGCUCCGCUACCCGGAAGACCUAGAGUUCGUGUACGAGACGGUGCAGAACAUUUACAGUGCCAAGAAGGAGAGCAUCGAUGGGUAGUCCCAGUGGGCACCGUGCCUCGGCGCCCCCAGGAGCCCCAACUGCCCCCCUGGACUCUGCCACCGGAAGCCACUUGACCUGCAGCAUCGCGGCUCCGUGCGCGUCCUCUCCCGCCCGGCGCGCAUGCGCAGGGACGAGGUCGCGCUCCGCUACACUAGUGAAUGGACUGGAAGGCACUGUUGAGUGGCAUGGCUUGUCUGCUCGUCCUGUGACUGUGUGUGACCUCACAGCCCGCCCCCACCCCUCACCUCCACCCUGGGUCUGCCUGCAUUGGUCUCUGGGCGCAGUCCUGGGAAUCAGAGGUCUCUGCCCCCCGAGUGGGCCGUGCGCUCACCGCGGGCGCCUGGCCCUGGAGGCCACAGCCAGCCGGUGGCCGUUAGAACACUAGAGGUUACCUUCUGCUAACACACAAAACACAGACUUCAUCUUUCGUUGUUUUUUUUUUUUAAUUUAAAUCGGGAAAUGACAGUUUCCCCUUCUAUAUUCCUUGAAUUUAUACACAUUGCUAUAAAUCAUGAGUUUUCUAUUUUAUUACAUAAUAUUAUUUGAGAAAAUGCAUAAUAGCAGCCUUUACAAGUAGAGUUUUCAACAUUCAUCUAUUCCUUCCACAUGACCGCUUGUUUCCAGAAGUCUCCAGAAUCACGAGUGGGUCAUAGUUCCAUGGUGGCUGGGUCCCUUCUGUAGCAAGCCCAGUGCAUCCAAUGUUAAGUACCUGUGCUUUGGGUCUCCAAAGGUCCACAGUGGGAUUUGCUUUUCAAGUCAAGACCUGAUGACUUAGUCUUGAGAAGAGUGCCCCACACUCCGCAUUCCUCCCGUCCCCUCCUGGGCUCUCCCUGCAUGCAGGGUAGAGAGGGGGAAGGCCGUGUCUUUGAUUUGAAGAGCUGGCUCCUGGAGAAGGAGGCUCUCCUAUGAGGCCCACCCCGCUCACUGUGCUUCUGUGCUCCGGGAAGUGAGCCUGGCCACUGGGGUCAGUACCUGGCUCUUGCUGCAAGCCUGAGGUGCAGUUGCUCUGGAGAACGAGAUGCAGAGGCUGCGCUCCUGCACUCCUGCUGUCAUUUGCAUGCAGUGUCCCCUGUGCUCACCAGGUGCGGGGGCCACCUGAGGCCCAAGGGCCUGUGCAGCAGUUAGCACCACUUGAGGGAGCCUGCCCGGGGCAACCGCCCCGCCCCCACAGGUGAACCCGCAUCUGGAGCCCUGUCUGCCCACGCCAGGGGCUCCCGGGUGGAAACAGCAUGCCAAGCCAGGGCCGCCGCUGACCGCUGUAAAUAAUGUACCUAGACUUUUUAAUGUGUUUCCUCAUCAGCACCUCGUUUGGCUUCCGGAAGCCACUCUCACCUGUGUAAGUUGGUAUUUGGGCACUUUAUAUUUUUCUAAAAAUGUGUUUUGGAUCCUGUACUCUAAUAAAUCAUAAGUUUCUUUUUAACGAUUUUUCCAAAAGUUUUCUCCAUUUUCAAAAAGCCCUGUUAAAAAAAGUAGAACUUUCUCAAUGUUAAGAUAUUAACUAUUUGGAUAUAGUAUCUUCUUUUCUCUUCAAAUGAAUGCCAAGAUUUUUUUUGUACAAUGAUUAAUAAAUGGAACUUACCCAGAGAAACCCC